UUGAAUACCCUGGCGUGUUUAUUUAGAGUUUAAACACAUGAAGAAACGGCGUCGUUGUUGGUCAUCAUCUCUGUUCUCCCACUACCUCACCAUAAACGGUAUAAAGACAGAUCACAGAGAAAAGACACGCAAACAAAACGGUAAAAUAAAACCCCAAACUGGCCACAGAGUCAAAGCUUCCACCACCGACCGAAACACAGUCUCAUUAAACUUUAUCUCUCUUAUUAUUUACACUAAAUGCCACUGCCACCUCUCAUUCCCCCAGAUCCACCACCGUCUCCGCCGCAUCACUAAUCGCCGGGAAAAACACUUUAAAAAAAAAACAAACAUCCAUCGCAAAAAAAUGGCGAAGCAAAACUCGAAGCAGAACAUGUCGGUGCUGCUAACGAAGCUCGGAGACCGAGACACCUUCACAAUGGCUGCGCGAGAGCUCGACUCGAUGGCUAGACAGAUCGAUCCCACGAAUCUCCAGCCUUUCAUCUCCGUCGUGCUCUCCGCCGACGCAGGCGACAAACCGGCGGUCCGCAGGCAUUGCAUCCACCUGCUCGCCGUCUUAUCCGUCUCCCUCCCUCCCAACUCCCUCUCUCCUUUCCUCCCCAGGAUCCUCUCCCGCCUCGCCCGCCGCCUCCGCGACGCGGACUCUUCAAUCCGCUCGGCUUGCGUCGCGGCGGUGUCGGCGAUGGCUUCCCGGACGACGAAGCCUCCUUUCUCGGAAGCCUUCGCGAAGCCGCUGGGGGAGGCGCUUUUCUCGGAGCAGGAGGUCGGAGCGCAGGUCGGAGCGGCGCUGUGUCUGGCGGCGGCGAUCGACGCGGCGGAGGAUCCGGAUCCGGCGAGGCUGGGGGAGGCGCUGCUCCCCAGGGUGGAGAAGCUGGUGAGGUGUAAGGCCUUCAAGGCGAAGUCGGCGGGAGUGGUUGUGAUCGGGAGCGUGAUCGGUGCUGGCGGAGCGGCGGCGGCGAGGUCGUCCGGUGGAGGAGGGUUGAGAGGGCUGGUGGAUUGUUUGGUUGGUUUGUUGAGUAGUGAGGAUUGGGCGGCGAGGAAAGCAGCUGCUGAGGCUUUGGGGAAGUUAGCGACGGUUGAGAGGAAUGGCUUGGGGGAGUUUAAAGCUAAGUCUCUGAAGAUCUUCGAAACCAAGAGAUACGACAAGGUGAAAGCUGUGAGAGAGGUGAUGAAUCAGAUGAUUGAGGCGUGGAGACAAGUACCGGAUUUAUCAGAGGAGGUUUCUCCACCCAGAAGAUCUAAUGCUUCUUCUAAAGGUGAUGUAAGUGAUGGACGGCACCCUUUAUCAGGCUCUAGAGUUGCAUCAACACAAGGUAAACCAAGAACGACUCCACCUGGGAGCUCACUAGCCACCACGGCGGCUAGGAAACGGACUAACAUAAAGAGCAGCAGUAAUCAGAAGAAAUCAAGUUCAGUACCAGCGCGUGGUAAAUCGAACGUGAGGAGAAGAUUGGACUGGAAAGCUGGAGGAGAGCCUCUUGAAGAAGAAGAGUAUCAUGACCAUAAUGAGAACACGAAGGAAGUGAGUCAGUCUAAUCAAGAGAAGAUGCAGAAGCUAGGAAGUGUUGCUAGUUCUGUUUCUGGCGGUCUCACACUAUCCGCUGCUACUAUGGUGGCUACAGUAGAACAUCAUCAUGUCUUGUCUGAAAACCAUAAUAACGGUAAUAACUGCAAAGGGUUUGAAGAAAUGUCUCUGAUCCGUAGUCAGCUUGUUCAGAUCGAACAACAACAAUCCAGUCUAAUGGAUCUUCUUCAGAGAUUUGUGGGAAGCUCACAAGAUGGAAUGCGUGCUCUGGAAACUAGAGUUCACGGUCUAGAACUUGCGAUGGAUGAGAUAUCUUACGACUUGGCAGUUUCAAAUGGGAGGAUGAGUAACGGUUCAAGCAGGCACAACUGUUGUCUCAUUCCUCCUGGGAGUUUCAUUAGAUCCAAAUUCUGGAAGAAACCAGAUCAGCAGUAUUCAGCAUCGAUGCUGGCUACUCAUAGGAGGAACAUGAUUGCACAAACCAUGGGGAUGCAAGACUCGAGGCAGCGGUUCAAUGGUGCUGCGGGGUUUAUAGUCAACCCAUUAGCUGAAACUCGACCAGAUCAUGGAUCUGCAGGUAUUCCUCACAAUUAAAAGGAAGAAGAGGAAACAAAAAACUUUCAAAGAUUCUCUGAGACUUAGAAACCACUGUGUGUGUGAGAAUGUGGUGAUUCAUACUUAUUACCAAGUUAUAUAUAUUACUACUACCACUACCCUAAGUUUUCAACCAUUUUAGUAUUUCAAUAUGUACGUUUGAAAUUUCUGGUGAUUUGUUACUUUUUCUUGUCAGAAUUUGGGUUACAAUGUAAAUGAAUAUUCAGUUUUCAUGUCGUAUAUUAUCACAAACGAUGAUGAUUUGGUAAAAUCUGUAACAAUUGUAUGUUUCGUCUAUU